CCGGUUAUUGGCAUUUCUCUCCUCACAAGCUGUCACGGUGACAGCUCGAGAGGAGAGCCGGGCACUGAUGAUCAGUGUGCCCUGAUGAUCAGUGUAGCCCCAGCAGUGCCACCUGUCGGUGCUUAUCAAUGCCACCUGCCGGUGCUAAUCAGUGCCACCUCAAUGCCACAUUUUAGUACUUACCAGUGCACAUCAAUGCCACAUAUCAGUGCCCAUUUGAGCCGCCUAUCAGUGCCAGUCAGUGCCCAUCAGUGAUGCCUGUCAAUGCCCAUCAGUGCCACCUACCAGUGCCUCAUCA